CGGACUCACUUCAAAGCAGAGAGAAGAAGAGGUUAAGACAAAUAACAAACACAUCUAAAGAUGAGUAUCUGUCUCAACCUCAGAACAUUGCUUCUUAACUUUGUUAUUACCUUCACAAUGCUUUCUCUAUCUCAUGAAGCAAGACAAAAUCUCGAUUCCCCUGUGAGAGCAGUUAGUCUUGGUGGUUGGCUCGUUACUGAAGGUUGGAUCAAACCUUCUCUCUUCGAUGGAAUUCCAAACAAGGAUUUCUUGGAUGGAACUGGUCUUCAGUUCAAGUCUGUGACAACAGGGAAGUAUCUGUGUGCAGAGUCCGGAGGAGGAACGAUCCUAGUUGCAAACCGCACUGCCGCUUCGGGCUGGGAAACAUUCAGGUUAUGGAGGCUGAACGAGACCACUUUCAGAUUCAGGGUGUUCAACAAGCAGUUUGUGGGAUUAGAUGGGAUCAACGUUGUAGCUAUUACCAAUAUUUCAACUGAUUCUUUAACUUUCAAUAUUGUUAAGGAAAGUAAUAAAUCUAACCGCGUUCGAAUCAAAACAACUAGUGGUAGCUAUUUGCAGGCAAAGUCGGAGGUGAUGGUGACUGCAGACAUUUCAAAGGUAAGCGGAUGGAGAGACGAUGACCCAACAGUAUUCCAACUGACAAUUGGUGGAAGGAUGCAAGGUGAGUUCCAGGUCACCAAUGGUUAUGGCCCACUCAAGGCUCCCCAAGUCAUGAAGGACCACUGGAACAGUUUCAUUGUUGAAAAUGAUUUGAAGAUGAUAGCGAGUAAGGGAAUAAAUGCACUUAGAAUUCCGGUUGGAUGGUGGAUAGCAAGUGAUCCAACUCCACCCUCUCCUUAUGUUGCUGGUUCCUUGCAUGCUCUAGACAAUGCCUUCUUCUGGGCUCAGAAAUAUGGGUUGAAAAUUAUCAUUGAUCUUCACGCUGCACCUGGUUCCCAAAAUGGGUAUGAGCAUAGCUCCUCCAGAGACACUUCUCAAGAAUGGGGGAAAACAGAUGAGAACAUCCAACAAACCGUUAAUGUUAUAGAGUUCUUAGCUGCAAGGUACGCAAAAAGCACAAGCCUGUAUGCGGUUGAGCUGAUAAACGAGCCUCUAUCACCAGGUGCCACCUUAGAGGCUUUGAACAAGUACUACAAAGCUGGGUAUGAAGCAGUGCGCAAACACUCAAAGACAGCUUAUGUUGUUUUGUCAAAUCGGUUAGGGUCCUCAGACCCAAGGGAAUUCUUCCCUGUUGCCACUGGCCUUAUGAAAACAGUGAUUGAUGUCCACUACUACAGCCUCUUUGAAUCCAAAUUUGACAACUAAUAAACACAAACAAAAUCUCUUGGCUUUAUUCAUA